CGUAGUGGUCUAUACCACGAGCGCCGAACACGCCGGUCACUGGCCCCGGCAUUCGUAUAAGUCAUCAAUAGAAGCGGUGUUCCUCUACACACCUGGGAUCUGCGCAUCGCCAGGUGUACUUCCGACGCUAGAAGGGCUUGUGCAGAGUCGGAUUGGGGUCAUCGUUGUUGUAGGGGUGGUUUCUCAGGAUCGGCAAUGCGAUAUGGCAUCUUUCGUCACCGCACACUCUUCCGCUCGUAAUCUACUCCGCCCUCCUGCGCGUCAACCAACGGGUUCACGCGACUUUGGAUAGGCCGUUCACCGGUGUCGUGCCUUGGCUGCUUGCUAUGGAGGAAGACGAGCUGCAGUUUGUGCUCAAUCACCCUGAGAGUGACCAGUCGCUUCAAGAAGUCGUGAAAUGGUUAGCAAUGUCUUGCGGCAAGUCGUCAAGGCAAUUCCAAAAGCUUGUGAUACCGGGCCGAUAUCGAAAGUCUUGUGCCUCUGGCACUACGAUUUGAGCAGUGGUAACAUUCUAAGUGCUACUCGAGGUCCGGACGCAGGCAAGAUCAUUUCAGUUAUCGACUGGGAUGGAGCUAUCGUCAACCCGAUUUGGUGCGUUGUAAGGUGGCCGAAUUUCAUUGCGGUUCAGGCUGGGCGACGUUAUCGAUCGGAAGCGGAUACAAAGCGAUACCAGGUGAUUCUCCGAAACGAGCUUCUGCGUCUCGAUACGGAAGGGCUUCUGAGAACCAGCUUCCAGCAAAAAUAUGAACUUUCUCGGGAACUGCUCGAGGUCGUAACGCAGCCAUGGAAUGCGACCUUCGAACGUCAAGAAUGGCUCGACAAGUGGAAUUAGGAACGAGAGGCCGAGCGAGCAGAAACGACCGCGGGAGGAUGGCUAUCAGACGCUGCCGCUAUUCUUCGCCGGUCCGGCAGCAAGUCUGGUAACAAACAACCGCGUCGCCGUGUUCAGGAAAGAUAGAUGCAUAUAUCCCAUUGUUAUAGAUUAUUCCCUUCCAAGGCCAUUUCCUAGAAUGUCCGAGCGUACAUCAACGCAAGCUUUAUAUUCAACUUGCUUUAUCUCGCAGAGCAGCUC